AUGAGGAGCCUGCCCAAAGUUGCUCAGCAAGUAACUGUCAGAGGCAGCUCUAGAUCCCAGGGGCUGACUCCCGAGUCUACGUUCUCAACACUGAAUCGGAGAUUUGGUUCCAGGCCUGGAGGGGUUCACAAUCUGCAGCUGUCACUGAAGAGGAUCUACAGGGCAAAACCCCAACCCGAAGGGCACCGGCACGAACUGGUCCAACGCGACGCAGUACACAGGCCUCUGCGUAAGGGGCGAGCGCGGAGCUGGUACCUUUGCCAGAGGUUUCCGCGCGGGGCUGUGGCGCCGACGGAUCCAUCCGGCCAGGGGGAGGGGCCGAGCCCGGCUGCACGUAACACCCGGAAGGCGGCGGAGGACAGCAAGGUGGCUGGCCGGCAGGCCAAUGGCGGCCAACGCUACUUCCGGCCGCCCUCCGAGCAUCGCUCUUCGGCAACCCGAAGCCACAGGAUGGAGGAGGGGGAUCCCAGCAAAGAUCCCAGUUUCUGACCUGUAGCAUGGUCCCUCUCUCUGAAGAACUUCCUGUAAUAUUUCUUGCGAGGAAGAGUUUGAAGUUUGAAAUCCCAGAAUGAGGAAAUUCAUCCAGCUUGGAGACUUCCAAUCCCUUCAUUGUGCAGAAGGUUGCUAAUGCUCUCAGGAGAAGCCCUUCACCAAGAGAAUACUUCCACAUAGAGUCCUCUCCAUUGAGACUAAGGAAACAUGCUAUGUCAUGUAGCCACAGCAGCCUUUGCAGCUGUUGAAGGCAGCAAGACUUGCAUGGCAAUCAGAAGACACAGAACCAAGAUUCAUGUCCAGUUAUAAGAUGGCAGAUGGGACACACACACAUCAGGCUUAGUGAGCAGCCAAUCCAGAGGGAACCAUACUCAGCCCUAGGGGCUGGGCGUGGUGGCUCUCACCUGUAAUCCCAGCACUUUGGGAGGCCAAGGCGGAUGGAUCACCUGAGGUCACGAGUUCAAGACCAGCCUGACCAACAUGGAGAAAUCCCAUCUCUACUAAAAAUACAAAAUUAGCUGGGCAUGGUGGUGCAUGCCUGUAAUCCCAGUUACUCGGGAGGCUGAGGCAGGAGAAUCACUCGAACCCGAGAGGCGGAGGUUGUGGUGAGCUGAGAUUGUGCCAUUGCACUCCAGUCUGGGCAACAAGAGUGAAACUCCGUCUCAAAAAAAAAGCCCUAGGAAUAUUUCUUCAAACAGAUGAAGCUAAUGAUAUCCCCAGUGUGUUUGAAUAUAUUGAGAGGAGAUCACACAAUAGGGACACUGUUUAGGGUUGAAUUAAUAGCAAGCAAAUGGGAUGCUAAGGAAAUGUAAAGAAUAAAAGUUCAAAGGGAAAACAAAAUGUUAUUCAAGAAAGUAAAAACAUCCAUCAUAACUUUUUUUUUUUUUUUUUUUGAGACAGAGUCUCGCUCUGUCACCCAGGUUGGAGUGCAGUGGCGUGAUCUCAGCUCACUGCAAGCUCCGCCUCCCAGGCUCACGCCAUUCUCCUGCCUCAGCCUCCCGAGUAGCUGGGACUACAGGUGACUGCCACCACGCCCGGCUAAUUUUUUGUAAUUUUAGUACAGAUGGGGUUUCACCGUGUUAGCCAGGAUGGUCUCGAUCUCCUGACCUUGUGAUCUGCCUGCCUCGGGCUCCCAAAGUGCUGGAAUUACAGGCGUGAGCCACCACGCCUGGCUCGUACACUGUUUUAUAUACCACUUGCAGUAUCAUGAUUGUAUAAAUACUAAAUAUCUGUUGAUCUAUCCAAAACUACAACAUAAGUAUUUUUGGAAGAUGGAGGAGUGGGUGCUGAGUGUGCAUGGGAGAAGGGAGGCUGAGGUGAAGGUGCGAGAGAAGGAGACAGUGAAAUAUUCAUCUUCCAAAUUGGAAACUCAAAUAGAUAAUGCCUAAACAUGAAAUAUCAAUAGAAACGUAAUAUUUAAACAUAUGAUGGUGCUUCUGGGAAAAAGAAAAGAGGAUGGAGAGGACUGUUUGUUUGUAUGUUUGUUUGUUUAAACAAGCAAAAUUGAUGAAAUUACGGGCUAAGCUGCUUUAGCAAAAAGACACCAAAAUACAGAAGCUUAAAUGAGAUAGGUAUAAGUUUCUCUGUUUGAUAUGAUCUCAAGAGAAGCAAUCUGGGUUGGAAAGUCAUCUUUAUGAUCCUCAAAACGUAGCUUCCACCUGUGGGACUGAGGCAGCCAUUCUAGUUUUGUCUUCCCAGCCAGAGGGAAGGAGGACAGGGUCAGGAGAGCACAUGUGCAUAACUGAUAGGAACAUGCCCCAGAAGGGCCACACAUCCAUCGGUCAGGAUGUGGGCACAAGGACCACAGCUGCAUGGGAGGCUGGGAAGCAUAGGAUCUAGCUGUUAGCCACGUGCUCAGCUAAGACACUGGAGCCCUGAUAUUAAAGAAGGUGAGGAAUGAUGCUAGUGCUCAACCAGCAGUAUCUGUCACAUCAGCUUUGCAGAAUCAUUUGAUUCUUUCAACUAGGUGCAUAUACAACUUCAAUACAAAUGAAAACUAAAUAUAAGACAUGGUUCUUAAAAAUCAUCUUUUGUACAAUUGAGGACACAAUCAAAACCCAGACACCAGGGUCCUGAAGCAGAAUGCAGGCAUCCUCAGAAGAGGCGGUGCUGAUGGACUGGACCCCAAAGAGUCCACACCUGCUUGGUGCCAUACCUUGGGUCCCUCCAGAUCAGGAUGCUCCCAGCAACUUUUCCAGGAUGGUUAUACUGCACAUGCUGCAAAGAUGAGUGGGCAUCCCUGCAAGCCUAUGGUUUUAGAGUAAAUGGUUCCAAAAGAAGGCAUGAAGCAGACCCAUAGAUGGAGAUUAGUGCAUAGGAGGUUUAUUGGGGAGUACUAUUGGGAUCAACAUCUGUGAGCAACGGGAAGGAAGCAGGAUUGAGCAGGGAAGAAAGUGGGUGUUCUGGAGCUGAGAUCAAACUUCAGAAGUGUUGUGGCAAGGGGGCCCAGUAUUGGUGAGUCUUUCAAUAUGACUGCUCCAAGAACUCACAGCUUGGGGGUGUAAUCUCAGGUGAAGUUGUUGUGUUCAGCCUGGGCAAUUCUGGAGAGGCCUGACAAGUGAGGCCUGCCCCAGAAGAACUCCUAGCAGCUCAGGGAACACAUUUUUCAUUCCUGAGAUGUUGCUUCAGAGCAUCUACUCUGUGUGGAUCCAAGGAGCUGCCUCUGGGUCUCUGGGAAAUCAGUCAUUUGAAUUUGGAUUCCAGCGUGUGGCUCUUACAUUUCUUUUUUUUAGGAGAAAUCCAGUAGUGGUGCUCUCGUUAUGAUGACAGAGGGGCUGGGAGGUUCCAGGGGCCCAGCAGGGAAGUGGCAGGAGUACAGCAGCAUACUGUGUAACCCGGGCUAGGUUUUGGACAGCUUUUGAAGAUUACAGGGAGAAGAACCUAAAAUAUAGGCAAACCAGAUGAUAACUACCCUGCUUUCAUCUGUGCCUCAGGGUGAUUAGUCAGCAUUUGUUGGUUAACAUGUCAAGAACCCUGUGAUUUUGUCAAAUAUAUAUUUGGUCUUUGACUCCAUUUUCUGACAUACAACUCCUAAAAUCCUUAUAAUCUCCAAAGUGAUAGUGUCUUUUUGUAUGCUUAUGAGUUGACUGGUGGCUGACAGCCUCUAUGUAGCUUCAGGACAGGGACUGGUCACAGGAAAGACCAAGGCAGCAUUAGAGGGUCGGGACUCUUAGCCCCCUACUCCCACCUCCAGGAACCAGAGAGGGUGGAAAGUUGUUGACCACCAAUGGCCAAUGAUGUAAUCAAUCCUGCCUACAGAAUGAAGCCUCCAUAAAAACCCAAAAGGACAGGGUUUGGAGAGCUUCUGCAUAGCUGAACACACGGAGCUUCCUAGAGGGUGGCGCACCCGGAGAGGGCAUGGAAGCUCCCUACCCCUUCCCCCGUAUCUCCCUCUAAGCAUCUCUUCAUCUAUAUCCUUUGUAAUACCCUUUAUAAUAAACCAGUAAACCUAUGUUUCCCUGAGUUCUGUGAGCCACUCUAGUAAAUUAAUCAAACCCAAAGAGGGGGUGGUGGGAGCCCCAAUUUGAAGUCAGUUGGGCAGAUGUUCCAGGGGCCCCAACUUGUGACUGGUGUCUGAAAGGGAGAUCAGUUUAGGGUACUGAGCCCUUAACGUGUGGGAUCUGAGGCCAUCUACAGGUAGAUAGCCUCUGAAUUUUUUUUUUUUUUUUUUUUGAGACAGAGUUUCACUCUGUCGUCCAAGCUGGAGUGCAGUGGCUUGAUCUCGGCUCACUGCAACCUCUGCCUUCCAGGUUCAAGCGAUUCUCCUGCCUCAGCCUCUCAAAUAGCAGGGAUUACAGGUGCAUGCCAUCACGCCUGACUAAGUUUUGUAUUUUUUAGUAGAGAUAGAGUUUCUCCAUGUUGGCUAGGCUAGUCUCACACUCCUGGCCCCAAGCAAUCCUCCCCCAAAGUGUUGGGAUUACAGGCAUGAGCCACAGAAUUGAAUUGAAUUAGACACUCAGCUUGUGUCUUCUGCUUGGUGUCUGGGGAAACCGCCACAUUUUGUCACUGAAGUCUUCUGUGUUCACUAUUUUUUUUUUUUUUUUUUUUUUACGUAAGAGCAGAGGAAAAACUGUGUGAGUUUAAGUAGUUGACUCACAAACCCUAAUCUUAAUUUAGGUUCCAGAAUGGCCCAAGGCAAAGGUUUUAAAUAGUCCUUCUCCAUCUGCCCUAGAGGGUUUAUUUGUUAUCACAGGGGUUGUUAGAAGGAAAUUUUCAUUGGAGAAAUGAGUGAUGCUAAGGCAUGUAGUUGGCUGAAGAGACUUCCACUGGCACCUCCUCCCUUGAUCUGGCAAACCCAGGCCACCUUUGGAGUGACAGAAUCUCUCUUUAUGGAUAGAAUUCUGUCCUAUGGUCCCCACCUAAUGGAGAGCCACCUAUGUCAUCUCUGUCACCUACUCUGAUGUUAAAAUUUUGUUGUGACCACAACAAAGUAAAUAUUUCCUGCAAGAUGCUUUCCAAAGUACCUAAAAAUACAAGAGAAUGAGAGGAGGAGGCUGCAUGACUAUUUUUGUACUUACCUCCCAAUAAAUGUUCGUGUGUAUGAGGCAGAAUUUGGUCUGAGACUUGCUUUCAUUUAAAAACAAGUCCUGGUGAGGUAGUGGGAGGGAAAGGACCUAGACCUUCACCUCCUUCUAACUGCUAGAGGCUACCAAUAUUUUUCAAAAGAGCCUGAUAUUUGUGAAUGGCUAAAUAAGCCCAGAGAUUAAGAAAGUAAAUGAUGCCUGAUAUUAUUGCUGGUUACAUGUUCCAACAAUCUGAACAGUAAAGAUACCUGAAAAAAAUGAUGAUCAACACAUUGGUUUAGUGCAGUGAUUGAUCAUAAAAGAUAAAUGAUCCAGCUGUAGAAAUUGGGAAUAUGAUAUAUGAUAAUGAUAGCAAGGCAAACCUAACCUGAUUAUUCUAGAUAUUCAUUUGUCAUUUACAUGGUGUCUACUACUGGACUUGGCUUUGGGCAGGCUCAGGCUCUAGAAGAGUCUUUCAUGCCCCCAAUGAUCUGUGGCAUGGCUAUGGACAAUCCCUUGGUUUAACUCCUAUGUGUGAAAAAUCUAGAGGAUUCUAGUGGCAGAACAUACAGAAAAGUAAAUCCAAAAUCUAAUCUUGCUUGGAUUUAUGUGGUUGGAAGCGGGGAGGUUUGGGAAAUGCAGUCAGACAAAAAUCAUCCCAUCUAAAUAUUAAGUGCAAGAGAAUUAAAAGGAGACAGAGAAUAGAAACCACUGUCAAUAUGUUGCAAAUCUGACAACUCUGGGAUUAGACAUGAUUUUCCCAUGUUCCCUCACACAAACCCUCCAUUCAGGCCAGGCCUUUGUUCUUUCUAUCCCCAAGAGCUUGCCCACCAAUUUACACCUUGGCUCAUGAAACCUAGGUUGCCCUCCUCUAUUCACAAACUCUCACCACCCUUCAGCUAUCCCAUCCUCAUGUAUAAAAUGCCUCCCCAACUCCUGUUAGCCAGUGUUGAUCCCUUCCUGUAAACUCUCUUAACUUUGCCACUUAUAUAUUUCAUACUUUUUCUUCUUGAGAUUCUAAGUCCCACAAACAUUUACUGGGGCGGACCUUGUAGUCCUGUGAGACUAUGGACGGAUGAGGACUGUCCAUGGUUAGACAUGAUUAGUGAACAAUCCUAUACUGGGAAAACACAUGCUUAAAUGGGACAAUACUGAAGUAUUAUUUGCUUCAUUCUGGACUUCUUCCCUUAAUCUGCAUUUUUUUCUGGGCAAAAGGCCAGAAUGGCCCAAGGCAAAGGUUUUAAAUAGUUCCCAGGAAGCCACAGACUGCAAAGGCAUCCUACUGAAGGGGCCAUGGUGUUCAGAAAGGUAGAUGUCCUCUGGGUCUUGCCCUGACCCCAAGCACAAGGUCUUUCCCCUUCUGGAGUCCCUGCCGGGUCUCUGCUCAGACGUGGUCUGCCCUGCAGCUGUUGGGCUGGGAGCUGGAGGGCAGGCAGGCAAUGGGUGGAAAUCAGGGGAACGUUUCUCUUCAAAAAGUGCUGUUUGAAGGCAGAAACCAGCUUGUGCACCUUUCUUAAGGAUUCAGGAUGAGGAUGUUGGGAUUUGAGAAGAUAGAAAGAUCUAAGUCAAAAGCCAUUUGAAUAAGGUAGAAAUAUCUUUCUUCUGAAAGGAGGCUAAACAUAGAGACAUACCCCCAAAGACAUGAGAAAAUGAGAGUCUUUAUACUUGGUGAAAACAAGAAAUGAAAGAUGAUGGAAAGAUGCAUGCAAAUUAUCUUCCGGCUUGCUCUUUUGAAGAUGCUCGUCUAAAAAUAAGAUCACGUGGGGGAGAAAUGACAUGUCUGGUGCUGAAAACAACCCUACUGGGACCAGGAGAUGUGGAGCAAAAUGUAUUCAGAAAGAGACUUUGCUCUGGAAACCAUUGCUCACUGCCCUUCUGCCAAGGUCACAGAGAGCUGGAGCUUUGCUGCUGCAAAGCUGUUUACAUACAAGGAUACACAGGAACGAAAGGUCAUGGGAGGUACUUGAGCCUGGAGUCUCCAAAGUCAAAAGACAAUAAACACACCAACUUUCAGGGCUUUUAACAAGCACAAUCGGGCCAAACAAAUUCUCACUUUGGAUGUAGAUCCACAACAUCUUGCAGCAGAUGGAAAUAGGACUGGGGCAAGAGUUGGUACAAACAGAAAUACUAAGUUUAUCACGACCAAAAUAGGCAAUGGAGGGUAAAAGCCCGAACCCUACUUCAAAUAUAUCUGAACUGGUGUUAAAACUAAGCUAGCAUUGAAGAGAGGGAUAAAAUUCAGGAGCAAGUUUCCAAAGAGACUCAUAAGAACCCAGAGAGAGGAAAAUCUUUUUCAGAAAAUUCAUAAAAGUUAAUGAGUCGCCAUUCUGAUGUAACGGAGAGAACUUCAGUAAUAUGACCAGUGAUGGAGUUGGUGUGAAAUGCAUAGACUCCACUAUGACCUGACCGGGUAUUUCCUCAGCAAAUAUUUGGGUAUAUUUAAUUGAAAUGCAUUUGUGGCAAAAGUCAACUCCUACAAAAAAAUCGUUAAAAUAUUCUUCCUGGAAGUUGUCUCCCAAAGUGACUCACAUCAAGUAGUCUGAAUAAAUAUGGUGAGACUUGGCACCCUCUGAGGCAUCAUUUGCUAGGAAGAAAAUGCUUUUGAAUAUCCUAGAACUCUUGGAAAACUUACAGAACCCUUGGCCUCAUGCAAGCCCAUUGUCCCUGUCCAACACACCCCCACAUCCCCUUUCCCUCACCAUCAGGCACGAAAGUCCUUCCUAAGUCGCAAAUGCAAAUCUAACUGACUGGCUUCCUUCUUACAGACCAACCACAGCUACUUGUCUUUGAAAUUCAACUUCAAGGAAGACAGAAAAGUCUAUUUUUAAUCAGAGAAAAACCUCAAAUUGAGUGCAAAUUACUGCCUAGGCCCUGUUGAAUGCAGACUAGAAUCACUUUUGAGAUGAUCAUUAAUUUUAUGGAGUGAUAUACACCAGAAUGAACUUCUAGCCUGCUUUAUAAUCAAUCAGUUAAUCAACAAGUCUGAGUGGAGCGUGUAUGCUUUGCGUUAUCUGCAGUGCGGCCUGAGGUUAUGGGAGAAAAAAAUGGCACUGUGUAUUGCUUGAAUGCUCAGGGCUGCGUUCAACUAAUUUUAACCAUUGAAUCAAAAUGAUCAGGUAGAGGGCAGGAAAUGUAGAAUGGCUUGAACAACUACCUCAUGAAAACAUCCAGUAUGCGUUUGUAAUUCAGCAUCUUUAAAUGUCUCUUUUGGCAGUAUUUCUUUACAAAUGUGGUAAAGCAUGAUAUCUUUGAGUAAAUUUUUAAACUUCACAAAAGUUUCUGAAAAAAAUAUGUACAAUCAAAGAAAAACACUUGGAAAUAAAUUCUGUCUAUAGUUGAUGCACAUUU